GCUAAUACCUAAAAAUCAUUUUUGUAGCUCUGCUAUUAUUAAAGGUUUUCUUUUGAAACAUGGUUCAGCUGAUUGUGAGGUGAUAUUGAACUCUUUUCAGAUGUACAUACACCUCAGCCAAACAGCUUAUCUAAAAAGAGUCUAUAUAUAGGACUUCCUGGAAGUCACUCCUAGCAUAAUACUCUUCAGUUAGAAGAUGUUCUUAGGCUAUCAAGAGUUCAAAAUGAAAAUACUCACUAAAACUUUUGAAAUUCAGGGAAUGACAUGUAAUUCAUGUGUCAAUACAAUUGAACAGAAUAUUAGCACUGUUCCUGGAGUACAAUGGAUAAAAGUCUCCUUGGAAAACAAAUCAGCUGACAUUGAAUACGACAGUGAUAUCAUUUCUGAUACUCAAUUAGCAGAAAAAAUUGAAGAAAUGGGGUUUGAAGUUUCACUUAAUGAACCAGACAUCCAAAGAAUGUCUGCAGCUAUCAAGGGGAUGACUUGCAUAUCAUGUGUUCGGAAAAUUGAAUCUAAUGUCCUUGGUUACACUGGUGUGAGUAGUGUAAAGGUAUGCCUUGAAAAUAGGCUAGCUAAAGUAGUUUAUGAUUCUAAACAAAUAAAUUUUGAUGAAAUUUGCAAAAUAAUUACUCAACUAGGUUUUCCUGCAGAACCUAUAUCUCUAACUGUAUUUAAUGAAGCAUUUGUAAAAAUUAGUGUUGAAGGAAUGACUUGUAACUCCUGUGUACGAAGUAUUGAAGAUCUUGUUGGUUCAAAGCCAGGAGUUAACAAAAUUAGCGUCUCUCUAUCUGAUGAAAUAGCAUCCAUUUGGUACAACCCUAGCAUUACAACUUCAGAAAAGCUUAAGGAUAUUAUUUAUGAUAUGGGUUUUGGAACAUCGGUAAUAGAAGUUGUUGAUGCAAAAGAUAAACCACAGUUUAUUGUACUUGACAUACAAACUCCCAGUGCUUCAGAGUGGUCAUCCCAUGAUGAAGAUCAAUUAUUCUAUUCCAGUGGGGUUAUUUGUGUUCAGUCAAUGUCAAACCCAAAACAAAUGAAUGUUUACUAUAUGCCAAAUUUAAUUUCUGCAAAUGAUAUUAUGGAUUCUAUUCAAUCAAUGGGCUUUAUUUGUAAAGAGAUACAUGUGGAAUCUGUAAAUGAUCUUCCUGGUGCAAAACUACUUCCAAAGUCAGCAAAAAUUAUAGAAAAUGGAAUAAAGGAAACAAAAGAAAUUUCUUCCAAUAAGAAAUCUGAAGUGCAACUUGAUGUUGAUAAUGAAUUGGAAAAAUGUUUUAUUCGUAUUAAUGGUAUGACAUGUGCUUCCUGUGUUGCUGCUAUAGAAAGGAAUGUGAUAAAAAUUGAAGGUGUACAUAGAGUAUUAGUUGGCUUAAUGGCACAAAAGGCUGAAGUGAAGUAUGAUCCAGAAUAUGUAUUGCCAUCAAAUAUAGCUGCAGCUAUUACAGAUCUUGGAUAUCCAAGCACUGUACUGGAUGAUGUAUCCACUGAAUAUGGAGAAUUAAAUUUGCAUAUAGGUGGAAUGACAUGUUCAUCAUGUGUGCACAAAAUUGAGACAAUUGUUGGUAAAAGUCCUGGUAUCAUAUCUGCAUCUGUUGCACUUGCUAUGCAACAAGGUCAUUUCAAGUUUGAUUCUGAAGUCACUGGGCCACGGGAUAUAAUAGAUACAAUUAAAAGCAUGGGGUUUGAUGCAUAUCCGCUGUCAGAUCACACUCGAGAUGCAACUUUUUUCCUUCAAAAAGAAGAAGUUCGAAAGUGGCGCAAUUCAUUUUAUCUUUCAUUAAUUUUUGGCGUACCAUCCAUGGUAGUAAUGAUGUACUACAUGGUUAUAAGGAUGACCACCAAAUAUCCCACAUGUUGUGUCAUACCUGGUCUAUCAGCAGAAAAUUUAUAUCUCUUCCUCUUAGCUACUCCAGUACAGUUUUAUGGUGGACGAUAUUUUUAUGUUCAAGCCUACAAAGCUUUGAAACAUCGCAUGGCAAACAUGGAUGUAUUAAUCAUGCUAGCUACCACCAUUGCAUAUUUUUACAGUGUUGCUGCAAUUAUAUAUUUUGUUAUUGUCGAAGCAGAUCAUAGUCCUAAAACAUUUUUUGAAACUCCUCCUAUGUUACUAAUUUUUAUUUCACUUGGAAGAUGGCUAGAGCACAUUGCUAAAGGUAAAACAUCAGAAGCAUUGGCUAAACUUUUAUCCCUUCAAGCAACUGAAGCAACUCUUGUUGAAGUCGAUGAAAGUGGGCAAAUUUUGAGUGAAAAGCAGAUUGAUGUCGAACUUGUCCAAAGAGGGGAUGUUUUAAAGGUGGUUCCUGGUGCAAAAAUACCAGUUGAUGGAAGAGUGCUUUUUGGUACUUCAAUGGCAGAUGAAUCCCUUAUUACUGGUGAAUCUCUGCCUGUGCCAAAAAGGCCCAAAUCUCAAGUAAUUGGUGGGUCAGUUAAUCAGAAUGGUUUGUUACUUAUUGUUGCCACUCAUAUUGGAAAAGAUACAACUCUAGCACAAAUUGUGAAACUUGUUGAAGAAGCUCAAACAUCAAAGGCUCCAAUUCAGCAAUUGGCUGAUAAAAUUGCUGGAUAUUUUGUACCAGUUGUGGUGGCAGUAUCUGUUAUUACUCUGAUUGGAUGGAUUGCUGCUGGAUACCUUUCAAUUGAGUCAGUGAGACAGUUUCAUAAAAAGCAUAAAGAAAAUGCCACAGAUUCAGAAAUAAUCUUCCAGUUCGCUUUCCAGUGUGCUCUUACAGUUCUUGCUAUAGCUUGCCCAUGUUCAUUGGGCCUUGCAACUCCCACUGCUGUUAUGGUUGGUACUGGUGUUGGUGCAACAAAUGGAAUCCUGAUAAAAGGAGCUGAAGCAUUAGAAUUGGCUCAUAAAGUGAAAAGUGUAAUAUUUGACAAAACUGGGACAAUUACUCGUGGUAUUCCAGUUAUGACACGCAUUUCUGUGUUUGUGGAUCAAAAUGUAUUUUCUUUUGGAAAAAUAUUAGCGGUGGCUGGAACUGCAGAAGCUAACAGUGAACAUCCAAUUGCUUCUGCUAUAACUUCAUUUGUCAAAGAGGCAUUACAAAUUGAAACUUUUGGAAAAUGUGAAGACUUUGCUGCUGUACCAGGUUGUGGUCUUCGUUGCAAGGUUUCUAAUAUCCAUCACAUGCUAAAAGAAGAACCACAUGUUGAAAAUCUUGUUGGAACUAAUAAUAGAAGAAGCACAAUCAGCUUAAACUUUAGAAGUGAGGUACUUGAAAAUGUUUUAAUUGAUCGAAAAAUCCACAAUUCACCCCAGCACAAUGCUUCUAGUCUUGCUGCCGAUUUGAUUCAGAAUUUAAAUGAAGCAGAUAACAGUGAGGAGGAGGCCAAUCAUAAAUAUACUGUAUUGAUUGGCAACAGGGAAUGGAUGAUAAGGAAUGGAUUGCAUGUAUCUGAAGUUAUUGAUUCCAUUAUGAUUGACCAUGAAGAAAGAGGUCACACAGCUGUUCUUUGUGCCAUCGAUGGUAUUCUUGUUUGUAUGAUGGCAGUAGCUGAUACAGUUAAACCUGAAGCCCAUCUAGCUGUGUAUACUUUAAAGAAAAUGGGAUUAGAUGUUAUACUCUUGACUGGUGACAAUAAGAAAACUGCUGCAGCUAUUGCUAGACAGGUUGGAAUCUCCAGAGUUUUUGCCGAAGUUUUACCUUCUCAUAAGGUUAAAAAAAUCCAGCAGUUGCAGGAGAAGGGUAUUAAAGUUGCAAUGGUUGGAGAUGGGGUUAAUGAUUCACCAGCACUAGCAAAAGCAGAUGUAGGCAUAGCCAUAGCCAAUGGAACAGAUGUUGCUGUUGAAGCUGCUGAUGUCGUACUUAUUAGGAAUGAUUUAUUAGAUGUAGUGGGUGCUAUUGACCUUUCAAAUCGUACUGUUAAAAGAAUAAGAUAUAAUUUUAUAUUUGCCAGUAUGUACAAUAUCAUAGGAAUUCCAUUGGCAGCAGGAGUAUUUCUACCAUGGGGUUUGGUUCUAAAACCUUGGAUGGGUUCAGCAGCAAUGGCAGCUUCUUCUGUAUCUGUUGUGUGUUCAUCGUUGCUAUUAAAACUGUACAAGAAGCCUACAAAAGAAAAGCUGACAACUCCUGCCUACCAGGAAGUUCUGCACAAAACCCAUUUACAUGCUCUUGAAAAUGGAGAUGAUAUAUCAAUUCAUAGAGGUUUGGAUGAUAUAGAAUUGCCUGAACCCAAAGGUUCGAUUAAGAGUAACAAUUUAAGUUUUAUUAUGAAUUUUGUUCCUGGCAACAAAACAAAAAGCAAAAAUGAAAGUCAGGAAAUGGAAACAUUCAUUGGAAGCGAAGAGGUUUAAGAAGAUUUCAAAAUGCUAGCUUAUUACAGUUAUGAUUUUUUGUUAUGCUUUAAAGAGAGUAUUAAAAAUAUUUAUCUUAAUCUAUGCAUAAUAGACAAGCAAAGGUGAAAAAACGAGCUUGAAUUAAUGAUAAUGAUAUAUAUGUGUAUAUAUGUCAUUAUUCUUAAAAAGAUGCACUGUAUUAAUUGAAUUGAAAGAUAGCUUUCAUUUUGUACUUAAGAUGCACUGACCACACAUCUUUUUAGUAGGGUUCAAUUUCAUAAUGUUUGCAAAGUAUUAAUGAAAAUUUUGAACCUUUUUUAUUUUAAUAUUAAUCUAAUUCUAUUCAGACAAAAUCGAGAUUAUUUCGGCAUUACAGGAGUUUAUAUUUCUGAUCAUAGUUAGAAAAAAAAAUAUUUAUGUGAACAAAUAUUUGUGAUAAAGAAUGUUAUGUAUUUCAGUUAUUCUUUUGGAUCUUUAUAAUUUUGAUUUAAAAAAUGAGAGGAAAUGCUUAAAUGAAAGAUAUUUCUAAAUUACGUACUUGCACAUUUUUGUAUGUAAAUGAUUUUAUUUAUUCUUUUGACAAUUUCAGCAGUGAAAUUUUUAUAACUGUUUUAUGUAUAUCAAAAUAUUAAAAUAUAUAAUGUCAAUUAGACCCUUUUAUUAUGCUUUAAGAUUUAGUAUUUGGUCAAAUACAAUAACUAUUCAUACUAUAUUUAUUCAUUAUACAUUUUAUUUAUUUUUAAUCAGUCACUCUUCAGGAAUCAUAUAGCUCUUAAAUGAAAAUGCAUUUUACGUACUUAUAAAUUUAUAAAAGAUCUGAUGUGAUAAAAUGUACUGUUAAAUACAAUACAUUUGUGAAUAGUAGGAAUAAAUGUACAUUUAUUUUCUCACAGGUUUAUCUACUUUAUACCAGUAUUAUUAGCCACUCAGAGGAAAACAUACAAUUUUAAAAUGUGGAAAUGAAUUAACCUUAUUGAAUUUUGAAAUUUAGAUCUUUUUAAUUUCCAUUUUUUUAAAUCCAUUUUAUUGCAGAACUAUUGUGUUGGUUCUGUUACAGAAAAAGGACUAGUUGACAUUAAAUGUUUUAAAAUAUUGUUUUUUGAAUUUUUAUACAGCACAACUGUUUCUAGAUUUAGUUUUACUGUGAUGAAUGUGUUCACAUUUUCUUUUAAUAAGAGCUUACUAAUGUGUAUCUUAGUAUCAAAGUAUAAAAUUCUCAGUGUUUAUAUUUUGUUUUUAGGGAUCAGUGUUGCCAUAUCCGUUGAUGAAAAUAUUUCCAUUUAAAUAUCUCUAACAACUGACAUUUAUUUCCUUUGAAUGAUUAUUGCUGGUGUCAAGCUGUAAUACUUAAAAAUUAAAAAUUUUAAUUUUUUGAUUCAAAUUUUUUUUAUUAGUGAAUUCAUUACUACAAACUUCUAGCAAACAGAUUUUAAAAAUUAAUUAUGAAUAGUGCUUCAUAAAGUUUUUUGUAACACUCUCAUAUACCCUUUUUUCUUUUCAACAUAAUUUGACACUUUUAAGUUUGAUUUAUUGACUGAUUGUAAGGAUAAAAAUGUUUGAUGUUUUGCAAGAUUAAAAAUUUAAGUACUCGCUUGAAAACAAAUAUAUAAUUGUGAUAUUGGCAAGUGAAAAAAAUAUUGACUGAAUUUCCUGAAAAGUUUUUAAGAAUCAUGUCAAAUUUGAAUCAGGUGACGAGUUUGAAAAAGAUAUGUAUAUUGUGAGAAUUCAUAUUUUAGAAAAGUGUGAAUUAAAUACAAAUGUUGUCAUAUUUCAAAUCUUUUCAUUGGUUUUUAAUCAAUGCGAGUGAAACAAAUUGUUCAGAUCUCAAUUAUGAAUAUUAAAUUUGCUAAUUAUACUCUUAUAUGUGAUGUUGCAUUGACCAAAUGUUUUAUAUAUGGAUGUAAAUUUUAUGUAAAUAU